AGACCUAUGGUUCAGUUUUUAAAUGCUAAAAGUGAAUGAGAUAUCACAGCAUUAAAAAUAGACCAGCCAGAUGUCUCUUGGUCUAAAAUCCCUCUGCUGCUCUAAGCUUCUAUAUCAUUUAGUAAGAGCAGCGCGGACUGAAGCAACACAUUUCUUGCGAGACUCACAUCUACAGAUGAACAGAACCAUUUCUUAUUAUGGGUAGAUUAAUUGCCAUGGAAAUAUUGAAGUACCGCGUCAUGUUACUGUAAACUAUAGGCUACUGUAAAGCCGCCCAUAUUAUUCAGAGUUUUACUUCUGUCACAACACUUCCGGGUAUGCGGGCGCUGGUUUUCCUGGAGAAAAACUGAGUCGUAGUUCAAAAAAUCGCCGUUCCAUUUCGAAUUAACUUUUGUUUACACAGUUACGGUACCAAUGCUGUAACAUUGAUGUCGGCCUUAAGCAUGCGAAAAUAUCUAAGCUAGUGCGGUUUGGAAGAUAUAUCUCGAUAGCCUACAACUCAUUCUGUGAAAACUAAUUCUUGUAUGGAUUUUAUGUUUUUAACAUUUUGUUUUACAUAUACAAUCUGAUAUGCCGAUAUUGUAUUUCUUUGUAUCUUCUCUAUUUUUAACACAUGGUUUAACAAAAUCGCCUGCGGAGGUUGAUCUGCAAUAUGGCUUCCUUAGUUCAACUCUCUCAGACUUUGAGGUGCUGCCCCUCGCCAGUCUCCGGUCUCAUUCGAUCCGGCAGCGGGACAUCCAGACACAGACACAUCUGGAACGACAUCUCAGCUUCACUGCCUUACAGAGACAUUUCAGGCUGUACCUGAGAACCAAUACGGAGCUGUUCACAGAGGGCUUCCGUGCCGUGUUUGUGGAUGAGCACGGACAAGAGGACAGCUAUGAGGUGAACAGGCAGAACUUCUUCACUGGCCAUGUGAUUGGGGAGGAGAACUCCAGAGUCCAGGCACACAUCGAUGACAAUGACUUCUCAGCGCACAUCCUCACCGACGAGGCAGAGUACAACAUUGAGCCUCUGUGGAGGUUUACAGAAGGACCGUGUGACAGCCGUCUGCUCGUAUACCGAUCUGAGGACAUCAGGAACAUCAGCCGACUGGCCUCACCCAAAGUCUGUGGCUACGUGAGGGCCGGCUCUGAUGACCCUCUGCCUGACAACACGAGGCCAGGCGAACAGGGCUGGGGGAUGGAAGAGCCCCUGCUCAGGGACAAGAGACAGGUCCAUGACCACAAAAAGAACACCUGUCCUCUGCUGCUAGUGGCUGACUAUCGCUUUUUUCAAGAGAUGGGCCGUGGCGAGGAGAGCACUACCCUCAACUACCUGAUUGAGCUGAUUGACCGUGUGGAUGACAUCUACAGGGCCACGUCGUGGGAUGACGAGUUUAAAGGCUACGGUGUUCAGAUCGACCAGAUCAUCAUUAAGAAGGAACCCACAAACGUUACCCAAGGAACUACGCACUUCAACAUGAAGGGAAGUCCAGACGAGGGCAAGGAUGUCUGGGAUGUCAAGAAACUCCUGGAGCAAUUCAGUGUGGACAUAGCGGGCAACGCCUCCGGCGUGUGUCUGGCUCACCUGUUUACCUAUCAGGACUUUGACGGGGGGACCCUGGGCCUGGCUUACGUUGCCCCCUCCCGACAGGGGAUCCCUGGGGGUCUCUGCUCAGAGAAAUGUCUCCCGUCGGAAUGUCCGCCGUUGUCUGGAACAGAAGGUAUUUACCUCAACACCGGGCUGACCACCACUAAGAACUAUGGAAAGACUAUUCUCACCAAGGAGGCCGACCUGGUGACUACUCAUGAGCUGGGCCACAACUUCGGGGCAGAACAUGACCCAGAAAUCCCCUACUGCGCCCCGGGAGAAGACCAAGGUGGCAAAUACGUGAUGUUCCCCUUCGCUGUGAGCGGAGACCAAGUCAACAACAAGUUUUUCUCAAACUGCAGCAAGACCUCCAUCGUGAAGCGUCUGAGGAACAAGGCCCCGGGGUGCUUCAGGGAGAGGAACCGCCAUGUCUGCGGGAACAGCAGGGUGGAGCAGGGCGAGGAGUGUGACCCGGGACUACUGGACAUCCACAACGACCGCUGCUGCACCUCCCACUGCAAGCUCCGCCCAACUGCCCAGUGCAGUGACAGAAACAGUGCCUGCUGUAAGCAGUGCCAGUUUGAAACAAAGGGCAAAGUGUGCCAGGAGCCCAUCAAUUCCACUUGCAAGGGAAGGUCUUACUGUACAGGUAACAGUAGUGAGUGUCCGCACCCUGGGAACGCCCCCGAUAAGACGGUGUGUUUGGACAACGGAGAGUGUCUGGACGGUGCUUGUAUCCCCUUCUGCGAGGCUGUCCAGAACCUGUCGUCCUGCGCCUGCAACGAGACCAACUUGUCAUGUAAAGUUUGCUGCCGGAAGGCCAGUGGAGUUUGUUCCCCGUUCAAGGACGAUGGAGGGGACUAUGUUUACCUCCGUAAGGGCAAACCAUGCACCGUGGGUUUCUGCGAUGGAGCGGGUAAAUGCAUGAAAAAUGUCCAGGACUUCAUUGAGAGGCUGUGGGAUUUCAUUGACAAGCUGGACAUCAACACGUUUGGGAAAUUCCUAGCGGACAACAUUGUGGGCUCUGUGGUGGUCUUCUCCCUGGUCUUCUGGGUCCCUCUCAGCAUACUGGUUCACUGUAUGGAUAAAAAACUGGAUCGGCAAUAUGAGCAGACCGCCAAGUCUCUGCUUUUCCCGAGUAACGGAGAAUUUAUGAGCAGUCUGGAUUCAGCCUCAGUGCGGAUCUUCAAAGCCCCUGCGAACUCAGCCCUGCGCUUCCCGACCUCCGGGCCCCAGCAGACCAGCACUCCCCCCAUCCAGGCCCCAGCUCCUGCCCUGACCCCAGGGGUUCCAGCCGCAACCUCCGACCCCUGCCCCCUGCCGUCCAUGACCACCAUCCAGGAGGACUGCAACUUUGACGAGGAGGCCCUGCAGGAGGACUUUCCCAUGGGGAGUCCGGCUGCGCACUCCUUCGAGGACCUGACUGAGCGUGGGUCCCUGGCCAGCUCAGUCGAGUCCUCUAAGUCCCGGUCCUUCAGACUACAGAGACAGGCCCGGAUCCGCAACACCAGCCAGGAAACAGAGUGUUAAAGGGGAGGGGGUGAAGAGGUGAGGGAGGGAGGGAGGGAGUGGGUGAGAGCGUGUGAUAGAGAUCAGCUCCUAAGACGGAUGAAAUACUUGAGAAACCGGACACAGGAGGGAUGAGGGUCUUUGGGUCCAGCAGGAGUGAAGAAUGAGAAUGAUGUGUCCGGGAUAGAAUCAGUGGGCUGACAGUGGUUGGGUCUAGUUUAUGCGUUAAUUUGAAAUAAAUUCAAAAUUCAAAUUACCCACAGGGAUAAAAAUGAAAGCUAUUGAGCAUUUAAAAUUCCGUUUUAUU